AUGAAAUACAUUCUAAUAGUACUGUCGUGUGCGUUCCUGGUGAACUGUCAGCCUCCUCAUCCCGAUGUUGUAGCAGUGCGUCAGCAAGAGGAACAUUUACCGCCACAUCUACGUAGUCCAGUUCUUCAUAACCCGAAUCUUCAAGAAGUUUUACCUUUAACCAGUCUCCUGCAUAACGGCGAAAAACUUGUUUAUGAACGAGAAGCGAACAAAGUAUCACGGAAUGAGAUUUACAAUAUAUUGACUCACGCUGGUUUUAUUUCGCGCCAAAAAUAUGCACAUUUGUCACAGAGAAAACCUUACCAAUACUGGUCGGCGGGAAAUAAUCAGAAAAAUAUAGAUGAACCUUUAACGGCUGAAUUUCCAAUACAAGAUUACCUGCAGUAUUUAUGAAAGAUUUGAGUGAUAAAAUGAAAAUUAAUUUAGAACCAAAGUAAAAUUAAAUGUCCCAUUAUACUCAUUUACAAGUUUUCCAUGUAUUUUAUAGUAUUUUAAGUAU